AUGGAUGCUCCCCCUGAAGACACAAUUCAAGCUGGAGUCACGACAGAUGAAGUUGAGGGAGCUUCAAGAAACACAAAGAUUAAAGAAGUUUCCCAGACCACAAGUUUAGGUGACCUUGAUCUAAGAUCCAGUGAAGGACUGAAUCAAAACCAGGACACAACCACUCAUGAAUUAGUAGGUUCUUCUGAUGCCAGUCAUUCUAUUCCAAGUUUAAUAUCUCAGAAAGCAAAAUCCAUGAGCUCAGUCAAAUUCAUUCAGUUGUCACAUGACUCAACUUUUGAGAAAACACUUUCAUUCAGACCAAAUCAACCUGAAAAUGAGGCUGUGUUCUUAACAGAGUCUACACCUGACAUUGAAGCAUCUAGAUUAAGAUCCUGUUUACCAGAAUCUGUAUCUGAAACCACUGGUGAACCUUAUAGCUCAGUUCAUCAUAGAUCAUCUUCCCCUGAGUGCUUGACUGAUACAGCAAUAUUACUGACAGAGAGUAGGGUCUCAUCACCUGAAUCCGCUCUGUCAAUAAAUGGGCUGAAUGUUUUUGCACUUGAUUCUCCAGUUCCUCAGUUUAGGCCCUUGUCUCCCCUGCCACCCCCCGUUUUUCCAUGGGAAACCAGUGAUAGGGCAUCUGCUCAGGGGCAACCAUUACUUAGUCCACCAGGAGGCACUUCUCUGCUCUUAUCAUCAGAAGCAGAGGAAAGGCCAUUGACACCAAUGGUUUCAAACAAAAAACCUUUUGGAAGGCCAGUAUCACUUUGCAGUGAUUAUAGCAGUGAGAUAUUCAUCUCACCUCAGUCUUUAACUUUUGACAUAGAGGACAGAACAUCAUCACCUGAGUCCGUCAUUUUAGAAACCAAGCAGUGGCUUUUUACAUGUUGUGAGACUGUGACUGCGUCCCCUGAUUUCAAUGAUAUGAGAUCAUCAUCUCAUGAAUCCAUAGGGUCCAUCACUGCACAUUGGCUGCUUCCUCCAGACUCCCCUAUCCCAGAAUUUAGGCAUGCUGUCUCUGACUCUUUUAUGACUUGUGAAUAUAAAUCUUCCUCACCUGAGUCAGUGUUUUCAGAUAAGGACUUUGACACAGGACUUUUGUUAACAAUGUCUUUUGAAGAUAGGCCCUCAUCCCCAGAAUCUGCAGCAUCUGUAAAUGAAUAUAAGGCAUUGUCACCUGAUUCAGCUGUACCUAAAUUCAGUUUCAAUUGGCCAGACAAACCUAUUGUAAUGAUAGGAGAGAGAUCCAUUUCCCCUGAAUCAGUAUGCUCAGAUGUAGAAUAUGGCUCCAUGUCUCCAACAUCACUUAGCCCUGAGAAGAGAUCUUCAUCACCUGCUACAGUUAAAUUUGGAGAUGAAUCCGAGUAUGUUUUACCUGUCACUGGACAUACAGUUCCCUCUACUAAAUUAAUUGAAUCUUCACAAAUAGAGUAUGAUUCCACAUCUGUUGAUCAGAAACCAAAAUCACCGGAAGCAUUCGUAUUUGAUAUUAGGAACAAACCAACCACAACAAUGGAAUUAGGAUCAGAGUAUGAUGAUGAAUGGGUUAUGAUAUGUUUGUCUGAUAUUGAUAAAAGGCAACCUUCUCCAAAGCCAGUGUCAUACUACAGACCAGUUUCUCCACAGCCAGUGACGUUAGGCAUUAGAGCAUCCUCUCCUGUGACAGAAACUUUAAAAGAAUCUGUGUUGUCAGAUACAGAAUAUGAGACUGGACCAUUGCUGUCACAUUUUAAAGAUAUGCUAUUUCCUCCUAAUUCUAGUGGUUCCAUAAUUAAUUUUGGGUCAUUAUCAAAUCCUGUGGCUGAUCUAUCUCCUGAGGAAGACAAGGCACUUCAGCCAACAUAUGCUACAAUUUAUUUAGAGGAUACAUUUAUUGCAAAGCAGUUUGAAGCAAAAUCAAAUGUUAUUGUUGAUCUAGAGAAACUAAGAAAUGAAGAAAAAAGCAAAAGCUUUGUUCUGUCAAAAUCCUUAGAAGAAAAUCCCAAGAAGUAUAGUGAAACUGAAGCUCCUAAAGUACAAUUAGCAGUACCAGGUGUUCGACAGUCUGACAUUCUAACACCACUAGCAGGAGCUAAGGACUUUUCAACUGCUUUUCAAUCAGUUAAAUUGGAUUAUGGAACAGUGCAGAAUGUGACAAAAUAUCAAAAUGAAUCAUCACAACGUAUAACUAAACCACAUAAUGAGACACAAGCAUCUGACCAAACUCUGUCACAGGAGAUUGCAUCUUAUGAUCUACCAUUGUCAUUGGCACUUAUUACAACUGUACCUAAAGAUCAGAAUACACCUAGAGAGUCUUCGAUGUCUGUAUCUCAGCAUCAUGUGCCUUUAUGUUCAACAGAAUAUUCAGUGCCUGUCUGUACUUUAAUGAAUGACGCAAAACUUUGGAAGCUUAUCUCUCAGAUCCGUGACCCACAGUAUAUAGGAAACCCCUCCAUGAGUGAAACAGGUGUCUUUCAGUUUGCUGAAACAAUGACAGAGUCCAAUCAAACAAAUUCAGAUAAGGCAGUUGGAGAUGAAACUGCUGGUUUGCGAUCAGAAAGUAACCUAAGACCACUUUUGCCUGAUUCUGAAGCUGAAUAUAGACCUGUGUCACAAGGAUCCCUUGGGAUGCUGGAAUCAUUCAGACAAGAUUCCUCCCAUUCAGGGAGAUCUGUAGGUAGUCAGCUAGCUUUAACACCAGAUUCCCCUAUUCCUCAGUACUUAAACUCUUUCCCUGUACUUUAUCACAGAUCAGUGUCAACAGAGUCUGCAUUGUCAGAUCGGGAACUUGAGACCAAUUUAAACAUUUCAUUUCUUUAUGAGGACAGACCAGCCUCUCCUGAUUCAGUAUCAUCUAUAAACAUAUACAGGGCACUAUCAGUUGAUUCUCCUAUUUCCGAGUUUAGACAGUCUUCCCCAGAUUCUGUCAAUGUAGACAGGCCACUUUCACCUGAGUCAUGCGUUCCUGUCUUUUGGCAGACUUUACCAGAAUUGUCUGUCUCGACCACACUGGAAAGGUCAUUGUCACCUGUUUCAGAAGGUGAAUAUGGGGCUAUGUCUCUGUCACAACACUGCUCUGAAAUGAGACCAUCUUCACAGGAUUCAGUCAUGUCUGGAGAUAACAACAGCGGUGACUUGCCAAUACCCAAAUUCAAAACAGGGCUUACUAAAUCUGUCUUGGGUAGUGCUCAUAGAUCAUCAUCUCCUAAGUCAGGGACUUCCGAUAUAGAAUGGGGACAAUCAAGUAAAGACAUAGUUGUUUCCAAGCAGAGACCUGACUCACCAGAAUCCACAGUGUCAGAGACCACAGAGAGAGUACUGGGUGCUAGUAGUCAAAUUCUCAGGGCAACCCACGUGCCAGUCUAUAAAUUUGUUUAUGAUGCCGAACUUAGGAAGCUUAUUUCUCAAAUAUGUGACCUCCAUUAUAUUGGAGAGACAUUUUGCAGUAAAACAGGUUUUUUUGAGUUUACUAGAACUAGAACUGAGAAAGUUCUAAAGAAUUCUGAUGUAAAUGAAGAGUCAGAGGAUAGUAUGAAGUUGGACAUUACAGAUCCAUCUGAUGCAGAUGUUCUACAAGCAGCGCAAGCAAAGAUUGAGGGGGAAGAGAGGCCUGUGUCACCUUAUUCUGAGUCAGAAUACAGGCCUUUAUCAGCUGGGGAAUUGACACUAAUAAGUAAACUUACGUCGGAUUCUCCAGAGUUUUUGAAAGACUUGUCUCCAGAUUCCCCAGUUCCCCAGUUUUCUGGGGAAUAUUCACCCCAAUCACCAGUAUCUGAUGAGGAAUCAGACCUUUGUAUCCCCUGUUUAUUCAAUGAAAUUAGACCUUCGUCACCUAUUUCUCUAGUAUCUUCAGAUGAAAACAGGGCAUUUCCAAUUGACUUACAUUUACCAGACUUCACACCUGCAGUAUCUGGACCUGUUACACCUUCUGUUGAGUACAGGCCCUCUUCACCAGAAUCAGUUCAUUCAGAUAUUGAAUAUCAGUUUUCAACUUCAGAUGAUUUUACAGACCAGAGAGUAGACUCACCCGAAUCUGCUGCUUUCAUACUUGAAGAAAAACAAUCAACCGCUGGUACAUUUAGAGAAAAUCAACUCAUACGUCAACUAUAUGACCAUCAGUAUGUUGAAGUGUUUGAAUGUGUAGAUAACGGUAAAGAACAUGUUCUCCUUGAUCCAGAUGCAGAGGAGACAGGAAGGCCAAAGUCUCCUGACCCUGAGACAAAAUAUCAACCUCUCUUACACAAGUCCCUGAAGUCAAAGAGUGUUUUGACACAUUGCCAGGAAAUGGGAAACUCAGAAGACAAAUACAGAUCUUUGUCGACAGAUUUACCUAUACCUCAAUCUUCUGUCUCAGUCUCUCAAUCUGAAAAUCACACGGAAGCAUCUUCUGGACCAAAAUCAGUUGCCCCAGAGCUUGAGGAUUCAUCAGAGUCUGACAUUGAAGAAAGACGAGGUCCUCCUGAUUCAGUGACAUCCGAAAUUGAGAUAAGGCCAAUUUCACCAGAAUUUGUGAUGGAAUAUAUGCCUGUGUCACCUCAAUCACCAACAUUAACAACAGAUAUAAGAACAUCCUAUCUUGAUUCAAAAUCAGUUAACAAGUUCAGGAGCUUAUUGCCAGAUUCACCCUUACCACAAUUAAGCCAAAAUAUAGAAUCACUUGUGUUAGUUGAAGGCAACAGGUCAUCAACACCUUUAUCUGUAAUAUCAGACACUGAAACUGAUGUUCCGGACAUGUCAUUUGUAGAGGCACAACAGACAUCCUUCACUUCUGAUUCUGAAAAUGAGCUAAGGGCACUUUCACCUGAUUCAUCCAAACCUGUCUUCAGACAGGCUAUACUUAACCCAACUCUUUUAAUUGAUGAAUUCAGAUCCACAUCCCCUGGGUCAGUUUGUUAUACAGAUAUAGAGUGUGAAAAUGGAUCAUUUCCAUCAGUAUCCAAUGAGCAUCGAUCGCAAUCACCUGAUUCAGUGGCAUCCAGAGAUGAAAACCAGGCCUUGUCAUCAGAUCCACCUAUUCCACAAUACAUCGCAAGACAAGCUGAACCUUUUCCAUCAUUUGCUGGGUUUAGGUCAGCAUCCCCUGAAUCAGCUACGUCAGAUGUUGAGUAUGCACCUUUGAUUAAUUCCCCACUCGAUACAGAAAAUAGACCAGAUUCUCCAGAGUCAUUCAUAUCAGAAGUUGAAAAUAGACCUCUGUCACCUGAUUCUGAAUCAGAAUAUAGACAUCUCUCACCUACAUUACUGAUGUUGACUUCAAAUUUCAGGUCAUCCUCUCGUGAAUCAAUUGUCUCUCUAAAUGAGUUUAGGGCUCUUUCGCCAGACUCUCCCAUUCCAGUAUCACGACAAGAGACCUCAAUAACAUACAUGGAGUAUAGGUCAUCCUCACCUGAGUCAGUGUUGUCAGAUUUUGAAGUGGAAAUGGAUUUACCUUUCUCAAUGUUAUUUGAGGACCGACCUUCAUCUCCUGAGUCUUUAUCAUCUGUUAGCAAAAACAUUAGACUUUCACCUGAUUCUCCCAUACUUGAGUUCACACCAGCUUUUGCAGUUCCAUACGUCAGUAGUUACAGGUCAGCAUCACCUCAAUCCGUAGCAUCGGAUAUGGAAUUUGCUCCAUUUAUGUUGCAGUUGUUAGAUGAUAAAGGGAGACCAGAUUCUCCACAAUCAGUUUUGUCUUUCUCUGAAUACCACCGUUUGUCACCAGAAUCUCCAAUACCCCAUUACACCCCAAGAGAACCUUUUAUAUUUACAGUUAAUCCUAGAUUUUCAUCACCUGGGUCGUUUUUUUCAAAUGAGGAUUUGGAGACUGAUAUGUGUGUUCCCUGGCUUUUUGGGGACAGGGCGGCAUCUUCUGAUUCAACUCCACCUAAAGAUGAAUUCGGACCUCUUUCACCGGACUCACCCUUUCCUGAAUUUACACAGUCAUUGCAAGAGUCAUUCAUAACACACAUGCACUCAGAUUUGGAAAUGGAAUUACCUCUCCCAACAUUCUUGGAGAGCAGACCUUUAUCUCCUGAAUUUCAAGCAUCGAUCAGACUUUCACCUGAUUCACCUGUACCUGACUUUAUGCCACCAAUGUUUGAAUUACCUAAAACUAUUUUUGGAAAUAGGUCAACGUCCCCUAAGUCAGCUUGUUCAGAUAUAGAAUACAUUGUUAUAAGCCUAGAAUCACAAGUUUAUGACAAUAGACCCGCUUCACCUGGGUCAGGAGCCUCUGUAGAUGAAUACCAUUCUCUGUCACCAGACUCACCCAUACCUGAAUACAGACCAGCGGUGCCUGAAUGUGUUAUUGUAAAUGUUGGAUAUAGAUCAUACUCCCCUGAAUCCAUUGAAUCAGGUGUUGAGCGUGGCUUCGGUGAGUUUUUGAUGUCGACGAAUUAUGGUGUCGAGAAUAGACAAGAUUCUCCUGAAUCAAAAAGAGUAGAAGAACAAGUAAGGCUGCUGUCAAUGGAAUCCAUACCAUUGGAAUGCAAACCCUUGUCUCCAGACUCACCUUUUCCUUCAUUUACGCAAGAUGUUCUUGAGACUAAAACAACAGAAACAUCCUAUGGGCAUUUGUCCCCAUCAUCAAAAUUAUCCACUGCUCAAUACAACGUGGCAUAUUCUGCUUCAUUUGACAUAGACGUUGCUGACAUGAGAAAACUAUCAACUCAGUCUGACAGAUCAGAGGAAGAAUUUAAACACUUGUCUCCUGAAUCACCAAAACCUAAUUUUGCUAAGACAACUGUAGGGUAUCUCAUGACUGUGAGAGAUUUAUCACCCACUGAAUUUUCAGAUUCAAAUAAUUUUACACAAACUUUAGGCCGGCUUUGUGCAGAAGACAGGUCCUCACCAGAAUCUAUUGAAUCUGACAAGGAAAAAUUACUAUUGGAACCCAAAUCAUCAAUAACUGAAUCAAAGGUCCCAACUGCCACUGAAGCCACUAUUGAUAAUGCAGGUUUAUCUACAACAAUAGUGCCUUCCUCACCUGAGGAAUCAGCUGUUUUGGUGGCUGAGUAUAAUCUUAUUAAUGAUGUUCAGCUAUGGAAGCUGAUUUCUCAAGUACGUGAUCCUCAGUAUUCUGGAGAAACUUUCAGCAGUAAAACAGGGUUUUUGCAAUUCAUUGGCAGCAAAGUAGAAUAUGAAAGGAGUGUUCCAGAUGGUAAACAAGAUAAAGUGAACGAUUGGCAAGCUGCUAAUGCCACAGGACCACAAUCAGAAGUAACAGAUCCAUUUACUACAACAGAAGCAGCCAUGGAUGUUGAUGGCUUUAGUUGUACUUUAAGUGCACAAAUCAUAUCUGACACACCUGCUCUAGAAUCACCUCCACCAAUGAUUGAAACAUUUUGGUCUCCAGGAGCAGUAACAUACAGAGAGACCAAGUACACUUUUGAAAUACCUUCAGCAAAUUCUGACAAUGAGUGGGAGUUUGUAUCAGUGUCUGACACAGAGGUUGAUGAUCUACGUUAUUCACCAGAAUCUUUGAUAGACUACAGACCCAUGUCCUAUCAUUCAGCCAUGUCGCUAGAAUCUUUAACAUCAGUUAAUGAGUUUAGACCACUCUCACCAGAUUCCCCCUUACCUGAAUUUACAACAUCAUUGCCAGAAUGUGUAACAUUCCUGAGAUCAGCAUCAUCCUCACCUGAAACCUUAGCUUCAGAUAUAGAUUACAUGCUAGUGGAUUUAGAAACUCAAUUGGCAGGAUACAUACCAAUGUCACUUGAAUCAGCCAUGCUGGCUGACAAAAGAGCAUCAUCUCCAGAAUCGAUGGCUGAGUUCAAUGAGAACAGGUCUCUCUCUCCAGACUCUCCAAUCCCUCAGUUUACAGUAUCAUUGGAGGAGUGCACCACUACACAUAGGUCAUCAUCACCUGAAUCUAUGAGUUCAGAUUCAGAUUGUGAGUUAAUGCUCACAUCUUCAAGAGCUGCUGAGAUUGAGAGACCAUCCUCACCUGAAUCUUUUUCAUCUAUUGAUGAGUUCAAGCGACUAUUGCCUGACUCACCAAUACCUGAGUUUAUGAGGAUAUUGUCUUCCUAUUUUAUGGAUGCAACCCCCUUUGAAAGAUCAUCCUCACCAGGGUCUUUGUCAUCAGACUUUGAGUUUGAUGCUUUCCCUAAUGAUUGUUGGAUUGAUGAUAGUGCAAGGCCACUGAGUCCACAAUCUGUUGAGUUGGAGGAGGAAUUAGGUUUUUGUUGUGAGGAUACUAAUAGAUUAGUCUCUAAACAAAAACUUCUGAGUUAUGUGACAUCUUCCUUAUUACCCGAGCUGGAUUCAUCCAUACUUAACAAAAAUCAGAUGACUGUGUCACCAUUAAUAAUUCAGAAUAGUGAGACCAUUUCGAAGGAAGUGCAUACCAAUCCUGAAUGCCAAAUAAGGCCAGUAUCAGACACAAGAGUUAUUUCAUACGAUGAAUGGAAACACCAUGGAUCAGAGGCUGAAAGUAUCACAACUUUACAAACUACUGCUUGUGAGGAAGACUUCAGAAAAGACUUUACUGUGAAAUACUCACCUGUUCAAGAUGUAAAAAAAAAGGAAGAAGAGAUACUUCACAUCUGUGCUGGAGAACCAAAGAACAAGACAGCCAAUCAAAGGGAUCCUCCUCAGACACCAGAGGAAACAAAGUUUCAAACAGACGAUGAGGUGUUGUUUGCUUCAACAGCCACAGAAGACCCUGCUAAAAUAGAUGUUCUUCUCAGUGAAAACAAGCCAAUGAAACCAUUUCCCCUACAGCUACUUGGCCAGAACUCAAACAUGACCCACCAAACUGUUACUCAAGUUCUACCGUUACUUGAAAAGACUUUCUGUGUGAUGUCGGACAGAUUGCAUGGGUACUCAGAGUGGGAGUUGUCCACUAAGGAAGCACAGUCCAGUGAGCUUUUCUCACCCACGUCAAGCCAGUUUCUGGUGCCACCAGAUUAUGAAGCUGUAUUUUCAGGACAUCAAACCCUGAAAGUUCCUGAAUGUUGCCAAGCUUCCUUGAACGAUUUGAGUCCAGUGUCUCCAGUGUUUAGUGAUUCAGCUCAGGUUGUGGCUGAAGUCAGCACCAAGAAAGAGUUGGAAACUGCUGAAGACUUUGAUUUUUCCCCAGACUUUAACAGAGUCCUCUCAGAAUUUAAGAAAACAGUCUCAGAAUUGGAAUCAGAAGAACCAAAGGAUCCAGCAAAAGAACUGAGUAUGGGCUCUGAGUCUCCACAGCACUCUGACUCGGAUAUGGAAUUCUUUGACUGCAGACAAGCCUUCUCUGAUUUUUCUGAAUCAGAAGACGUGAAAUUAGAACCCGAGAUUAGCUAUCACAUCUCAGACCCAUCUUCCCCAAUGCCUGGGAGUAGCCCUGAUAUUGGUUUCGUGAAAGGGAACCCUCGGUACACUUCUCAUCCUUUUCUCCAAGUGGAAGAUUACAAGGGCUUCUCUUCUGGCAGUGAGAGCCUUGGGGAAUUUGCCUAUGAUUCUGAGGGUUCACGAGAAUGUCGAACAGAGCGUGACCUCCCUGAAUGUGAGGAGCUGCCUUCAAGAGAUCAGGCAGGGUAUUUCGAUGAUGACGACUUCCUUGGAAGGGUAAUGUUGAGCAUGAGUGUAACACUGCACUGGCUGUUUGCUGUGGUGCUGCCUUCAAGACUCAAGGGAUUAAAAAAACAAAUCUGCACUUUAUGAACUAAA